GAAGAGAAUAAAUCGAUGCAACGGGUUUCAGAAUUGCAGCCACAAGACCCACAGCCAGCGGAAUUAACGGAGGUUACCGAUGUUGAAAUGUACUCUGGAAGUUAUGAUGAAGAAAUGCCAGAGGAGGAGGGAGAAGCGGAUGACAGGAGUGGCGGAUCAACGUCUUCAGUGGGUGCAUCAUCGGAUAUGGAUACGGCCACCGAAACAGUUGACAGUGGGCACCAAGUGCAACAAAGCACUGAGCCUGCCACUGAAAGCGACGACGUGCGGUCCACUGGAACCGGAACCACCGGCGCGGAGCAAAGCCUCAGCCUCGAGGCGGGGGACGGAAAUUCCGAGAGAACAAUGGGCUCAGACAGCAGCCUCACUCCUUCAAGGACUGACGCCGAACCUACAUCCGCGGAGGACACCGACGAGGUCUCUCGGAAUGAAGGAAGCGAAUUUUCUUUUGAGGACGGCAAGGAGGUGCCACAGACGGUCGACACCAAACCGGAGAAUACAAACACCACGCCUGGAGGCGAAGGGAUCCCCUCAACAAAAGGCGCGGCACGACACUCGGACAACGUCACCUUCACCGGGGAAAUUGCGGAGCUGCUGUCCAUGGGUCUAAACCGUGACAGCACCGUGCAUGUGUGUGUGUCUCGGGUGUUGUUGCUGCUUCUUCUGCUGGGGCUGUGGGGCAUUGUGGCUCUUUGA